AUGCCAACACUUCAUCAGUGGAACUCAGCCACCACUCUCUGGGUCGCCGAGAUAGCUACUCAUGCAACGCUGAGAGUCCAUGCAGCGAUGAAGCGUGCUGUGGCGCCAGCGGCUACUGUGGUUAUAGCCCGACUUACUGCGCUACUGGCUGUUUGUCGAAUUGUGAUGCAACAGCCCAGUGUGGCAAAUAUGCUGCUAGCCCUGGCCAAGAAUGUCCUCUCAAUGUCUGCUGCAAUGAAUAUGGAUUUUGCGGCACCACAAAAGACUUUUGCGGGAAGCAACUGUGUCUUAAACCCGGAGCCUCCAGCCGGCGCUGCAUCCGUGGGUAUUUUGAACAACAAAGUCAUUGGAUAUUAUGAAUCAUGGAUGUCCCGGAAGAGCUGUCACAAAGUGACUCCCACCGACCUGCCAUUGGAUGCACUGACGCAUAUAAACUUCGCGUUUGCAUUCAUUGAUCCAGACUCGUACCAAAUCGUGACAAUGGACAGUGACACACCCUCCAGCCUGUUCCAGGACACUACGAAUGUAAAGUCAAUCAAGUCCGACAUUGAGGUCUUCGUGAGCGUCGGUGGCUGGACCUUCUCCGACAACAACACCGCCACGCAGCCCGUCUACGGCGAGAUCGCGGCGGAUGCGGCAAAGAGACGGACAUUCGCAGACAACGUCGUGCACUUUCUGAAGCACCCUGAGGACACGGAAAACUAUGUGCUCCUUCUUAAGACCCUGCGCGAGACCUUCGAUGCCAGCGGAAGUAAGUUUGGCCUGACUUUCACGGCCCCUUCAUCCUAUUGGUAUUUGCGCUGGUUUGAUCUGCCGAAUAUGAUUAAGUAUGCGGACUGGAUCAAUCUCAUGACUUACGAUCUACACGGCGUGUGGGACUCAACAGAUCCUAUUGGAAGUAUUGUCCAAGCUCAUACUAACUUGACGGAGAUUAAGCUCGCAGCUGAUCUCUUCUGGCGUGUAAACAUUCCGCCAGAGAAGCUUGUGAUGGGCUUUGGCUUCUAUGGACGCUCAUUCACCCUAGCUGACAAGUCCUGCACAACGCCCGGCUGUCCGUUCAAGGGCGCUUCGAGCCCCGAACCUUGCUCGGACACAGGUGGUAUUCUGGCUUAUUAUGAAAUUAUGGACGUUCUGAACGGCGCCAGCACAUCGUCAAAAUGGUCGACCAUCACACCCGUCCAUGACAAGACAGAUGCGGUUGACUAUUUCACGUUCGACAGCGAUCAGUGGGUAGCCUACGACGAUGCGACUACCUACGCACAGAAGGUCGCCUGGGCUAAUGAGGUCGGAAUUGGCGGUGCCAUGAUCUGGGCUUCUGAUUUGGAUGAUGAUAAAUACACAGCUCACGCUGGUCUUACGAAUAAAAUCAUUAUGACCAAUCCUACCCUGCAAAGUGUUGAUAAGGCUUUGUCCAAGCCGCAGUCGGUCAUUCAGGACUUAGCCAGUUUCAACGGACAGAACUGUUUCAAAUAUGAGGGAAAGUGCGUGAACCUCAACGACAACGAUGCCAUGACCGAUGCUUGUGGCAGUGGAUACACCGUGGGGGGCUGGGACGACGCUGGAUGCGGCAAGAAGAGCUGUCACUGCGGAAAACCAAUCUGCUGUCCAGCGAGCAGCGCACCCAAGAGCUGCAUGUGGCGUGGUGAUAACACCGGGGAUGCGGGCGUAAGCUCGGAUUGCAAUGCGCAGUGUCAGGCGGGAGAGAUCAACAUCGCCGGCAUCCGAUCUUCUUGGGGUGGUGGAUUCGUGAACGACGGCAAUACGGAUAAGUGUGGUCGAGGAUACAAAGUAUUCUGCUGUCCUGAUCCGGAGUAUAGUGAGGUUAUUGACGGAUGUGCUUAUGCCGAUUGUGGCAAGGAUUGUCCUAGCGGCAGUACAGAGAUGUUCGUCAAGAAGGACACUUGCUGGUCCAAGGGCCAGAAGUACUGCUGUUCGACCCCUGCUGAUUUGAGCGACUGCCACUGGGUGGGUAGGAGCUCAGGCAAUGACUGUGCGAACGCCAAUUGCGCCUCCACCGAGCUAGCUAUCGAUCGGGCCCAAUAUGGCGAUUCCAGCUCGGGCUGUGACUGGAGCAGAAAGAAGGUUGCCUGUUGUACCGUGAAGAAAGCAGCUCGCGAACCGGCGAAGUGUGGUGCGGAUUUGUGCUCGCUCUUCCCCGGCUGGUGUCCGGACGACGGCAGCGAUGAAAGCUCGGUUUCCUACCGGAAACGAAGCGAGCUCCAAUUGUUCGACAAGCGCGGGCAGAAACAGAAAUAUAUAGCCGAAGUCGGAAAAAUCUCCGUUGAGGUACUUGCUGCGGUCUAUCCAAGUAUCGGAGAGCUCUUCCAAGUUGCCAAUUCCGGCCAGGUUCUUCGCUACGCCUUUUGGCUCAGUAAGAACUACUGCACGAGUAACGCCAUGACAGUGAAAUCUCUGCCGGCUGGUAUUGUUCCCGCCGCUCUCUUGAAAGGCUUGAAUUCGGAGCAUGUAAUUGAUAGACAAAUUAUCGUGUAUUUCAUUGAAUCUGCAAUCAGCGGUUAUCUCCAGUCUGGAAAGCCCGCCGGUCUAUUACCAGUGUCGGAGACCUUCUGGCUAACCAUGUGGCACGCUGCCAAUUCGGCUCUUGGGGCAAUGCCUCCCAUUCCCUGCUCCCUACUGGCCACCGCUGUUGGGAUUAACGCUGCUAAGGGAAAGCUCAUGGGCUUCAACCGUCCUGUCUCUAUCAAAAGAAUCGAAACCUUGGCCAACUUGGCGGUACAGGCUGAUAGUGAAGAUGCAUUUAACAACUUACGCAGUCAACAACUUACUCACAACCAUUCGAAACACCUUCGGGGUUUUCGAGUACUAUACUUCCGUGAUACUCGGGUCGUUGGCCAAUGGAACAACGUGCUUCAGCAAGUCGGCCUGCAAUGGGCACACAUCGAAGCAGCGACCGGCGUGAGUGAUCUGCAGAAUUGCUGGUGGGUCUGGGCACCAGAUUUCUUCCAGUACGUUGAGGACUACUCACAGGGCUGGGCUACGGACGCAAUCCGGGUAGCAGCCGGUGCUUACACCGCGGCUCGCACGUCAGGGCGCACUCUCAAGACGAACGACAUGGUAGUUCAGGCUUUGAGCGAGCUCCAGAGCAAAGUUCAGCUGAUGAAAAUGCCUACCAUAAAGGCCUCUAAGACGACGAUCACGGACUGA